UCUCCGAACCUAUUGAAGUAAUCCAGACGGUGUCAGAGUGCAGAGUAGCCUGAGAGUCGGGCAAUGACUUGCUUGCGGGAAUUCAUAGCUGUAGGCUGUCGAUUUUCUAUCCCCCUCAAUUUCACUUUACAUGUAGCGCGUCGGAGGAUUUUUCCGCUGGAACGCUGUCCACAAAUUAGGGUAGUAUGGAAAAGUAGGGGUUGCAAUUGGAAGCGGGCAUCUCUGGUGGUAGGAUUACAAUCGAACAGGUGGCGAUGGCAGAAAACGGAAAAGCACGCGAAGAUGGUUGUUGACACCAAUUACGAUCGCACACGAAGCUUCUACUAAAGAUUAAGAACCAUGCCGAGUAUUCCAAAAUUUUAUUCCGCAGAUGCACUUUGCUAGCGCGCGACGGCAUUCCCUGAUCACCUUUUUUCGGGACUUCGGAAAAUUACAGGGAGCUUCGUCGCUUUGAAUGAUGCGGAGUUGAAGCAAGUUUGCGGAGUGGCAGGGUGGUGAAGGAAUUAGCAGAAGAAUUGUUGUCUUGGAUUGAGCGAUGGCGUGCACAUUUGGGCUCGCCGUAGGGCUGCACCAUUUCAUAAGCCUCUCUAAUCCUGUCUUUCUCAGGCAGUCUAUCGACAACGUGCGUCGUCGCCACGUUGCAGUCGCUGCUAAGCCUCAACGAGUGUCUGGACUUGAGCAGAAGUUACCGAACCUGCCUCUUCUUAAUACACUAGCUUGGCCGCGUAGUCGAUCACUGUCGCUUAAAGCUCAGGUUGAUGAGGAGGAAUCUGUUGUCGCUCCUGAUACCGGUAUUUCAAAUCAAUCCAGCAAUGAUCGUGCUCUGGAAGCAGCGUUAGCGCCUGUCGAGUCCGAAAGCUCCUGGUUGCCUGCCUUUCCACAUGUUUUGACUGCAGCCAUGGCCAAUUUUAUGUUCGGCUAUCAUAUCGGAGUUAUGAAUGGCCCCUUGGAGUCCAUAGCGCGGGAAUUGAAGUUUGAAGGAGAUACUAUAAUGGAAGGCUUUGUAGUCAGUAUAUUUAUCGUUGGUGCUUUCUUAGGAAGCGUUAUUGGAGGUGUUCUUGCUGACAAGCUUGGGCGGCGAAGUACGUUCCAACUUGAUGCAAUCCCUCUAGUUCUCGGAGCUGCCUUAAGUGCGAGUGCGCAAUCUGUUAAUCUCAUGAUUUUAGGGCGAUUUUUGGUUGGAAUUGGCAUCGGCGUCAACACUGGUUUGGUUCCUAUGUACAUCUCAGAGGUAGCCCCUACAAAAUUUAGAGGAGCGUUAGGGAGCAUGUGUCAGAUCGGGACAUGCAUCGGUAUAAUUUCAGCUCUUCUCAUCGGUCUUCCUGCUGAGACAGAUCCACAUUGGUGGCGAACUAUGCUAUGGUUAGCCACAAUACCUGGAGUAGCUCUAAUGGUCGGCAUGCAAUUUGCAGCAGAGAGUCCGCGGUGGCUGGGCCAAAUGGGAAGAUGGGACGAGGCUGAAAAUGUAAUUAAAAAUCUCUGGGGUGAAGGAGAAGUAGAAGUUGCAAUGGAAGAGCUGCGAGCUGCGAGUUCCAAUGAAGGAGAGGAUGAGGAUAUAACCUGGUCAGAGCUUAUACAGGCACCAUAUUUCAAAGUAGCUGCAAUUGGAAGCGCACUUUUUGCUCUGCAACAAUUCGCUGGAAUCAAUGGAGUCCUUUACUUUUCCUCUUUGACCUUCCGAGAUGCUGGUAUUACAAACAGCGUGGCGGCAAGCGCUGCUGUCGGCCUCGCUAACCUUAUAGGGGCUGUAGUAGCAUUAUCAUUGAUGGACAAUCAAGGUCGGCGGAAGCUUCUGAUGGGCAGCUACGCAGGAAUGGCAUUUUCAAUGGCUCUGCUAGUAGCAGCACUAGAAAUGCCCGGAAAUUCGGAUUUCGCACAUAUUCUUUCUGUCGGGGGAACCCUUUUUUAUGUCUUUACCUUCGCCUUAGGAGCAGGACCAGUCACGGCAUUGAUCAUUCCGGAGCUGUGCACAACGAGAUUACGGUCUAAGACGAUGGCCGUUAGCCUUUGCACACAUUGGGUUUUCAACUUUGGAAUUGGACUCUUUUUCCUAGAGGCGGUUCAGCGUUUUGGACUUCCGGCAGUGUACUCAACCUUCGGCGUCACUUCAUUGCUGGCCAUAGCGUUUGCAAACGGUUUCAUUAUUGAAACAAAAGGUCGAUCACUGGAAGAAAUUGAGAUGCUCAUGAAUCCAGAGAAAUGAGCAAAUCAUUUAAUUGGGUUGAUUUUGUAUUUGUAUACUUUGAAGCGAUGAAUGCUCGUACAGGAAACGUUUCCGACAUUCAUGUUAGCAAAGAUUCUUCAGCUGGAGAAAUACCAUGUAUGGACUUCAGCCUCCUCAAGGGCUUUUAUACCAAUAUAGUUUUUCCAAAUAAUUGCCUCUUAA